AUGCAGCCCGAGACAUUGGAAUCCCAGAAACAGUCAAUUGGGGCCAUCUUUGACCCUGGGUUCCACGACCCUUACUCUGUGAGAAAAGAAACCAACGGAGGCGUUCAUCGGCAGUUAGGACGGAAUAGUGAUCAUGGAAGUGCGGUAACUUUGUACAAAUUUUAUGAUGUGCAAGGAGAGGUCAUCAAGAAGGCGGAAACGAUGAAGUAUAUAAGAUACAGGAAGCUGCUUGGUGAAAGCGAAUUCCAGUCAACUUCACAGAUUACCGCCAUCAGUCGUUGA